AUGAGUAAGCUAGUUCGUUGGUUGCUCCUUCUCUCCGAGUUUGACCUUAAGUAUGUCACGCACAAAUCUGUCAAAGGAAGAACCGUAGCAGAAUUUUUGGCAGACCCAGUGGAAGGAGAUGAGGCAGUAGAGUACCUAUUCCCAAAUGAAGACAUUCUGCGGAUAGAAGAGAAAACAUGGACAACGUACUUUGAUGGAACGUCUAAUCAGUAUGGUUAUGCGAUAGGUGUGUUGCUUAUUGCACCUGAUGACUUCUAUAUACCCCUAGCCUUCAAACUCCUAUUCAAACUGUCCAAUAAUGAAACAGAAUACGAGGCAUGUAUUGUUGGAUUGGAAGCUGCUCUAGAACUAAGGGCAAUAAGAUUGAAUGUCAUCGGAGACUCAAACUUGGUUGUUUCUCAUGCUAAUAGGGAUUGGAAGUUCAAGGAAGAAAACAUGAAGGCUUAUCAUCAGGCCCUAUAUAUUCUAAUUUUGAGGUUUAAAAAAUUAACGUGUACACAUCUGCUAAGAGAGAACAACCGAUUCGCUGAUGCGUUCGCAGCUCUAUCUUCCAUGGUAAACAUCCCACUUGGGGCGAAGAUGCGUCCGAUUAUCAUCAAAUAG